AUGAUCCGAUUCCACGGCAAUCCGCUGAAGCAGCUACGGGCGAUCUUCUCCAAGUUCGACGAGGACGCUGACGGGAGCUUGACCCACAUCGAGCUGACCAAGCUUCUCCGCUCGCUCGGCCUCAAGCCAACGGGAGACGAGAUCCAUGCUCUCCUCACCAAGGUAGACACCAACGGCAAUGGGGCCGUCGAAUUCGUCGAGCUUGUCGCGGCGGUUGCUCCCGUCUUGUUGGAAAAGAUACUCGUCGACAAGGAGCAGCUGAGGGAAGUGUUCCGGUCCUUUGACCGUGACGGCAAUGGGUACAUCACUGCGCCGGAGCUCGCCCGGUCCAUGGCCAAGAUGGGCCAUCCUGUCACCUUCUACGAGCUGACAGAGAUGAUGAGGGAGGCGGACCUGGACGGCGACGGCGCCAUUAGCUUCCCCGAGUUCGCGUCCAUCAUGGCCAAAGUACUCCACUAA